CACAAAAUUGUAUCUUUUGGUUUUUUCCAACAAAACUUGAUAACCACAGAAACACCAUUUUCCCAUUUCAUAGCAGAAAACGAAUUUACCAGCAAUGACCUCUCAAGCUUCAACCUUCGCCGUCUCCGUUUCCUCCGCCCCUUCCCCUCUCCGUCGCCGUCGCACCUUCCCCGUUGUUCGAGCUCAAUUGGAACCAUCUGAUAAAUCAGUUGAAAUUAUGCGGAAGUUCUCAGAGCAAUAUGCCCGUAAAUCAGGAACGUUCUUUUGUUCGGACAAAGGAGUAACUGCUGUUGUUAUCAAGGGUCUGGCUGACCAUAAAGAUUCAUUGGGUGCACCACUCUGCCCUUGCCGGCAUUACGACGAUAAAGCUGCUGAGGCUGCGCAAGGAUUUUGGAAUUGCCCGUGUGUUCCCAUGAGAGAGAGAAAGGAGUGCCAUUGCAUGCUUUUUCUCACUCCUGAUAACGAUUUUGCCGGCGAUGAACAGACUAUCACCUUGGAUGAAAUUAAAGAAUCAACAGCAAAUAUGUAACAAAGAUUAUUGUGUAUCAAUGUACUUGAGUUAGCAUUUCAAACUGUAUCUUUUGAAAAAACAAGGGAAGAGAAAGGUGUAACAAUAUGUAUAUGUACCGAAAAUCACAUGUAAUUUUUUUAUCUGUGCCCCUUAUAAAUGGCCUAACCCAUACUUUGUCACAGAUCUCUUUCAUUUCACAACUUUCAUUUUUUGGCUGCUGAUACUAA